ACCUCAGCUGAGGUGUCGUCAUUGGCUGCCUAUUAGAAAAACCUACAGGACAAUGCAUACCACCGACUGCCGACUGUAAACAUAGGGGAUGUGUGUUCACUUAGCACGGACUUCUGGGAGGGGCUAAGGAAGGGCGGUCUGGAGUUUUAUUGAAUAGAGCAGUGUGUAUGAGGCUGCCUGCCUGCCUGCCCUCUUGCUGUGCUCCUGCUUAAAGAAAUCAGUCCUUCCUGUCCGACUUAGUCCUAGGAAGAAGUUUCAGCCUACGAGAUCCUGACCUUUUUAUGGGGAAGUGCCCAAGUGAUGUUUAUUGAACACUUCUCUACACUUUGAAGAGACAAGCUUGCCUGCAACUGAAUAUCAUUAAAACAUUCCAAGAUCAUCCAGUCGAAUUCUACAGGGAUUGGCGAUCAACCGGAACACUCUGACGUGGAUAUCUGAUUGCUUACCUGUCCAGACAUCAUCUGGUCUCCUUAAACCUGAAACCACACCAUGGAUGACUUUGAACGUCGCAGAGAACUUAGGAGGCAAAAACGGGAAGAGAUGCGCCUGGAAGCAGAAAGAAUCGCCUACCAGAGAAACGACGACGAUGAGGAAGAGGCCGCCCGGGAACGGCGCCGCCGAGCCCGACAGGAAAGGCUGCGGCAGAAGCAAGAGGAAGAAUCUUUUGGGCAGGUGACUGACCAGGUGGAGGUUAACGCCCAGAACAGUGUGCCUGACGAGGUCAAGACAACCACGGCGAACACUCAGGUGGAGGGCGACGACGAGGCCGCGUUCCUGGAGCGCCUGGCUCGGCGGGAGGAGAGACGCCAAAAACGCCUCCAAGAAGCUCUGGAGCGGCAGAAGGAGUUCGACCCCACAAUAACGGAUGCAAGUUUGUCGCUACCAAGCAGAAGAACGCAAAACGACACAGAAGAAAACGAACAUGCAGAGAAGGAAGAAAUCAGUGAAAGUCGCCAAGAAAGAUACGAGAUAGAGGAAACAGAAAUAGUCACGAAGUCCUACCAGAAGAACGACUGGAGGGUUGCUGAAGAGAACAAGAAAGACGAAAAAGAAAAGGAGGGAGAGGAAGAAGAGAAGCCAAAGCCAGGGAGCAUCAAGGAAAAUCAGGUAGAGGUGGUGGUGGUAGAAGAAAAAACAACAGAACGCCAAGAGGAAACCAUGGGCGUGGCAUUGAAAAAUGGGCAGACGGGUGCGGACAGGCCUAACACAGAGGAGAGGGAGCAAGGUUCAGAGGAGAUGAUCAGUGAUGAAAAGAUGGAGGAAGAAAGGGAAAGGAUGGAGGCAGAGAGGAUCAGGUUGGAAGCAGAAGAAAGAGAAAGAAUGAAAGCUGAGCAAGACCAAAAGAUAGCGGAGGAGAAAGCACGACUUGAAGCUGAAGAAAAAGCAGCAGAGAGAGAGAGAGAAAGACAAGAGAGAGAAAGAAGGGAGGCGGAAGAGAGAGAAAGGGCGAAGGAGAGAGAGAGAAGAGCCGCAGAGGAGAGGCGGGCAAAGGCGGAGGAGGAAGAGAAAGAUCAGCUAGAAGAGCAAAAACGGGCAAAGCAGCUAGAAGAGAAGAGUGAGGUGCCCGAGAAAAAGAUAAAAGGGGAAGAGGUAGAAGGAAAAAUAGAAAGGAAAUGGGUCCAUGAAAAGAAAGGACAAGAAGAUAAACGUCAGACAGCUGUCCAGAAAAAACAGGAAGAAGAAAAGGGGGCUAAAGUGCAACCUAAGAGAGAAAAAUCCCAAGAAGACAAGCCUACGUUCAAAAAAGAAGAGAUCAAAGAUGAGAAGAUGAAAAAGGACAAAGAGCCCAGGGAAGAUGUUAAGAGCUUCUUGGAUGGAAAGAAGGGAUUCACAGAAGUCAAGUCGCAGAAUGGAGAAUUCGUGACCCACAAACUUAAACACACUGAGAAUACUUUCAGCCGUCCCGGAGGGAGGGCUGGCGAGGCCAAGGAGGCGGAGGGCGCGUCCCAAGUGGAAGCGGGCAAGCGCCUGGAGGAGCUGAGGCGCCGCCGUGGGGAAACCGAGAGCGAAGAGUUCGAGAAGCUCAAACAGAAGCAGCAGGAGGCAGCCCUGGAGCUCGAGGAGCUGAAGAAAAAGCGGGAGGAGCGAAGGAAGGUUCUGGAGGAGGAGGAGCAGAGGAGGAAGCAGGAGGAAGCCGAUCGAAAAGUCAGAGAGGAGGAAGAGAAGAGGAGGCUAAAGGAAGAGAUUGAAAGGCGAAGGGCAGAAGCUGCUGAGAAACGCCAGAAGAUGCCAGAGGAUGGGUUAGCAGAUGACAAGAAGCCAUUCAAAUGUUUCACUCCUAAAGGUUCAUCUCUCAAGAUAGAAGAGCGAGCAGAAUUUUUGAACAAGUCUGUGCAGAAAAGUGGUGUCAAAUCAACUCAUCAGGCAGCAGUUGUCUCCAAGAUUGACAGCAGACUGGAGCAAUACACCAGCGCCAUCGAGGGAACGAAAACCGCAAAACCUACAAAGCCAGCAGCCUCGGAUCUUCCGGUUCCUGCCGAAGGUGUUCGCAACAUGAAGAGCAUGUGGGAGAAAGGGAAUGUGUUCUCAUCCCCCGCUGCGUCGGGCACGCCAAACAAGGAAACUGCUGGCUUGAAGGUGGGGGUUUCCAGCCGCAUCAAUGAAUGGCUAACCAAAACCCCAGAUGGAAACAAGUCACCUGCUCCCAAACCUUCAGAUUUGAGGCCAGGAGACGUAUCUGGCAAGCGGAACCUCUGGGAAAAGCAAUCUGUGGAUAAGGUCACAUCCCCCACUAAGCAGGUCUGAGACAGUUGAAGAAAGAACCCCAGAGUAGCCACUCAAGAUGCUGGACCAGCUCAGCUGAAGAGGGUUAAUGUGCUCUGUUUUAUAUUUAUGUUGAUUUACUAAAUUGGGUUCAUUUCCUUUUGUUUUAUUUUCCAUUAUCCCGGUAAACCUAUGUAUAUUAUCACCAUAUUUAAUAAUCACAGUCUAGAGAUGUUCAUGGUAAAAGUACUGCCUUUGCACAGGAGCCUGUUUCUAACGAAACCCAUGCUGUGAAAUAGAGACUUUUCUACUGAUCAUCAGAACUGUGUGUGAACAGUGAUACCAACCACAUUGGAAGUCAAACAAAAGGAGAUUCAAGUUGAAAAUUGCCUGAGGAAUGUGUGCAGUAUCCAGAAAAAUGAACCGUAGUGGGUUUUGGGUUUUUUUUUUAAUUUUAAAUACAAAAGUCAUGUUGUUUCUGCACUUUAAAGCAUGGAAGAAAUUAUCUUAGUAGGCAAUUGUAACACUUUCUGAAACUAAUUCAUUUCAGAUUUGAGAUACUAUAAUGAUGAUUGUCUUUUUAAAAAAAAUGUAUUGUUAAGGUAUUACUUUUUUCAUGCUGAUGAAUAUCUAAAUCGGAUAAGGAUUUUAGCUGACAGGGGUACUGAUUUAUUUAGGUUGGUUGCUUUGUGGAUUUCUUUGGUAGUGAUAGUGAACCACAUUUUAGAUGACCUGAUCAUAUAUGUAUGUGCAUACACAUAUACAAACACACUAAUGGUAGAAAGCUUUUUCAUGUGCUAGACUAUUGUAUUUAGCAGUAUGUCCUUGUAACUAGACAAUAUCACAGCUUUUUAAAAAUUACAAAUCACAAUAUUCUAUUAAUAUUUCAUAUUUGCCAAUGGAGACAUGGCAGAAUAGGUAUCGAUAUGUUUUCGAUGCCCGAUAGAUGACCUAUAAGGAAAAAGAGAGAUUAGAAAUAUCAAAAUGUCAGUUUAUAGAAUCAACAUUUUCUAUGAAACAUAAUAUUUAGCUUAUAAUUAAAGGCAAUCUUGAAGGCCAAUGUGAAUUUUACUAAAUCUACCAUCUGGAUCAAACUCAAAGCUUGCCCAAAACUUUAUUCUGUUAAUAAGCGAGUUCACAAUAGGUUGGCCUAAAUGAUACCUGAGGUCUCUUCCUUUUUUCAAAUUUAAAGACAAGAAUUUUAGUGACAAGAUUGUGCAGACUGAAAUUCCAUGGACAGGUAUACAAAGACCAACUUUGGCUAAUGUCUAGAAGCAGGGAAGAAAAGUAAGCAAAACCCACUGUUUAGAAGUCAUGACAAUACUUCCAUCUUUAAUAUACUGAACCAAUUUUUAAAUUAAACUUUUCUACUUAUAUUAUUAGUCAUUGGUACUUAUCAUAAGUUGAUAAUGUGUCGAACUUUGAAGAAGUAUAUAUAACUUUUAUUAGUUUUAUCUUUUUCCCCAAGAGUCUUCACCAACUCAUCAUUUUUACACAAUCCAGAUAUCAGAUCUUAUUUUAGCUUAUACGUGUCCAUCUGUUCUUCCCAAUAGAUGAUAAGAGUACUCCAGUGUCUUGGAAAUAUGUUCUAGCAUAGAGAUAUAUAGGGUAGUUCUAUAAACUUAUACCUCAUUUGACUUAACCAAAAUGGUCCUAGUCUCAAUUCCUACCACAAUGAGGGAACCUCCCAAAUGACUCUUUUCUAGCUCUUUUUUGGAAGAGCUAGCCAGGGCAGUGCUGGCAUGAAGAGUGACCACUGCCUGACAAAGUCUAUCUUCCUCAAAAAUUAGUAAAGAGUAAUUGAAUUCUCUAGCUUUUAGCGCACCUGGGACAAAGCAAGGAAAGCCGCCUAGACUGCACAAAUCAUCUGCCCAAGACAGAGUAGAUAUGAGUCUGUGAUAAGAUGAACUAUAAUCCACAAGUAGUGCCUGAUUUAGCAUUGACUCCCAUCAUUGGGAUGAAACAGAUCAAAGUUUGAAUUAAGGCCCAUGGCGAUGUAACAUUGCUUUGUUGUACUUUUGAACAAGAGCUUCGCCUGAUCACUAUUAUAUAUGUUUUUCUAGAAAAUCUAAAGUUGAGAAGAGAAUAUGUCGAUCCUGACUUUUAUUCCAAUAUUUGGAUGGAAUAAAUUUUAGGGUAGAAUUUUGUUUAGUUUGGAUUUAAUCUUUUGAAAAACAAAUUCUUUGUUUACCUGUUUGAUUACAACGCUCUUUGUUAUCUUUAAGAGGUAAAGCUGCAAAGUGACUAGCAUGUUCUGUGAAUCUGCCAUUCCUAAAAAUUUUAUAAACACUUGAUAUUUGUCACUGAUAAUUGAUCGCUGCAAUAAAUAUGUAUUGUGAAAAAGCAUCCACAAUAAAUGGAAUUCCUCCAAACA